GGUUGCUGCCUGGGCAAGUCGGGGAAACUGGCCAAGGCGCACUUCGGCUCGGAGGCGGAACUGAAAGCGCUGACCCACUCGGUGCUGAAGCGGCUGAAGGAGAAGCACCUGGAAGGCCUCCUCCAAGCCGUGGAGUCCCGGGGAGGCACCCGCACCGGCUGCGUCCUGCUGCCCAGCAAACUGGACUCCAAGCUGGGCCAGCACUGGUACUCCCUCCCGUUGCUGCUCGGCAAAGUCUUUCGGUGGCCCGAUCUCAGGCAUUGCUCGGAAGUCAAGAGGUUAUGUUGCUGUGAAUCCUAUGGGAAAACCCUCCCGGACGUGGUCUGUUGCAACCCUUACCACCUCAGCAGGCUCUGCGAACUAGAGUCUCCCCCUCCUCCUUACUCCAGAUAUCCGAUGGAGUUUCUCAAACCAACUGCAAGUUGUCCAGAUUCUGUGCCUUCCUCCACCGAGACAGGGGGAACAAAUUUUCUGGCCCCUGCGGGGCUCUCGGAUUCUCAAGUUCUGCAAGAACCCGGGGAUCCGUCACACUGGUGCGUGGUGGCAUACUGGGAAGAAAAGACACGUGUGGGUCGGCUAUAUUCUGUCCAAGAGCCGUCCCUGGAUAUCUUUUAUGAUCUACCUCAAGGGAAUGGCUUCUGCCUUGGACAGCUGAAUUCGGACAAUAAAAGCCAGCUGGUGCAGAAAGUCCGCAGCAAAAUUGGCUACGGUAUCCAGCUGACGAAGGAAGUUGAUGGGGUCUGGGUUUAUAACCGCAGCAGUUACCCGAUUUUCAUCAAGUCGGCCACACUGGACAACCCCGAUUCCAGGACGUUAUUGGUUCAUAAAGUGUUCCCAGGCUUUUCCAUCAAAGCAUUUGACUAUGAGAAAGCUUACAGCUUACAGCGGCCCAACGACCAUGAAUUCACGCAGCAGCCAUGGACCGGAUUCACCGUUCAGAUCAGCUUUGUGAAGGGCUGGGGUCAGUGCUACACAAGACAGUUCAUCAGCAGUUGCCCAUGCUGGUUGGAGGUUAUUUUUAAUAACCGAUGACUCACGACGUAGACCAGACUCAAACAAUGACGUUUUAUAACUUUGCUGCUAAAUAUCUCCUCCGGAGUGCUUGCUUUUCCAUGCAAACUUUGUUCCGUUUUGAGAAAUAGCUUAUGGAAAGAUUUUUUGUUUCUUACCUUUCCCUCCUUCCCUCUUUCUUCUUACGGCUCUGGUACAGUAUAUAUA